AUUUGUUACAUACCGAACACAUAGGAUAAACACACAAGAAUAAAGUAACAAAAAAGAACCCCAAAUUUGUCGUCACAGAUAAAACAGGAAAAAAGCCGCAAAAAGGAAAAAAGGCUGCACAUCGGUUUUGGUAAAAGUCCAUCACUAACAAAUUUGACCGGCGAGAGUAGGUUGCUUCGUCUGAGCUUGUGUUGCAACACUAGAAAUGGAAGGUAUGAACACGGAAAGGCUGUGGCAAUGGCAGGACUGGUUUGUUCGUUUAAACAAUCCAUCCAUCCCGGAAAUGUGGGAAAACCAGCCAACAUUCCUGCUUGCAAAUGUGUUGUACCUUGCGAUGUCCUUCAUGGCACUUAAAUUUGCUGUUCGUCACGGCUGGAAUAGCAGAUAUGUGUACAUGUGGUUUGCUGCAUUGUUGCAUGGAAUUGUAACUGAGGUGAUAGUUUAUCACUUACCUGAUGUUAACAACUUCUGGCAUAGUCAGACACCAGUCAUAUUUGUUGGUCAAAGGUUUCCACUGUACAUUGUUUUAUUUUAUCCAGCGACGAUCACUCAUGCUUACAUUGCAGCUGAACACUUGAAGCUACCUUGGUGGGCAGAACCAUUUGCUGUUGGAUUGUUUGAUGUUUUAAUCGAUUUUCCAUAUGAUAUUAUGGGAAUAAAAUUAUUAUGGUGGACGUGGCACGAUACUGAUCCAAACCUAGAAGAUCGUCAUUACUGGGUUCCAUGGACAAGUUAUUUCUUCCAUAUGAGUUUUCAUAGCACAUUUGCCGCACUGCUUAAUGGUUCGAGGUACCUUCUUACUCGGAGUUCAGACAAAGCAGUUGCAUCUGGCGGUUUUAUCAGGGAGAUAACAUGCGUGAUUAUUACUGGCAUGCUAUCAAUGGCAUUAGCUGUGAUAUUCCAAAUGCUACCUAUAUACCAUGGGCUUAAAGAUGGCUUUGGCAUUCAUUCUGAAGUCAUAAUGUUCAUUGUGUUUGCAUUGUACUUCGGUAUAGUGUAUUGGAAUGAUAGAACACCGUCAGACGAGGCUCGGCAAACUAGAAGCAUGACGUGGUCAAGAUGGGUUAAAAAUGAAAGUGGUUUUAUUCUUACCAUAUAUUAUAUAUUCUACAUGUUCCUUGUUAUGUUUGCAAAGCCAGAAAAUGAGCGUUCUUAUGGGAUGCAUGAGCCUAUCGGUCCUGCUGAAGUAAAAGUAGAACAAUAUGCUACUUCCGGCGUGGUGUAUACUAAGCAGAAAUACCUGGAUCCUCUUAAUUAUGAUGAAGGGUACUUUGAUUUUCGGUGUGCUGAGUUUAAUGGUGUAAAAGGGCCUCCAAAUGUUACUGAGCAUCCAGAGCUUAUAGGCAAGCAAUGGUACACAGUGUGUGGUAUCCCAUAUGAAAACCAUGCAGAGUAUGUGGUGGUGGUGUGGUCUUUCUGUGUGCUUGGGUUAUAUGCUUUUUACAAUGCAUUUGCACGCUCUGCACGACCCCGCGCAAUAGGAAAGCGCAAGCCAACGUAUGGCAAAGAAAGAAGAUCAAAACUAGAGUGAACUUAUAAUUCAAGAAGUUGAUUUUAUAAAUUACAUUAAUCACUGAAUAAUUUUUUAACAUUAUUGUU